AUGUCUACACCAAGCACAACAUACGUGGACCACCAGGCGCUGGCGGACAAGGCGCUGGCAGCGCGGGAGCUGGUGGGCACGAUGACGGCAGAAGAAAAGACGGCGCUGCUGACGGGCAACGGAAUGUGGAAGACGGCACGGCUGGCGCGAUUGGGCGUCGAGCCGGCGGUGAUGACAGACGGCACAUACGGCGUGCGAUAUUCGGUGCCGCAGAUCGACGGCGACGAGCAGGCCGGCACAGACCUGGAUGCCUUUUUGUCGGUGGUGCAGCAGCGAGCAAGCGAGAUCGACAAGGCCUGGGGCCAGCUGCGACCGGCGACCUGCUUUCCCAACGGCUCGGCCAUGGGCUGCAGCUGGGACAUCGACCUGAUGGCGCAUCUAGGCGUGCUGCUGGGCCGCGAGUGCCGCACCAUGGGCAUCCACACGCUGCUAGGACCGGGCAUCAACAUCCGACGCACGCCGCUGGCCGGCCGCUCGUACGAGUACUACUCGGAAGACCCGCUGCUGACCGGAAAGCUGGCGGCUGCUGUCAUCACCGGCAUCCAGGACCAGGGCGUCGGCACGUCGCUCAAGCACUUUGCCGGCAACAACUCGGAGAUGCAACGGACCAGCAUGGACAGCGUCGUGGAUGCGCGGGCGCUGCGCGAGAUUUAUCUGCGCGGCUUCCAGAUGGCCAUCCGCGACUCCGAUCCCUGGACCGUCAUGUCGUCCUACAACCGCCUCAACGGCGUGCAGGCGGCCGAGGACCCCUGGCUGCUGACCCAGGUCUUGCGCCGCGACUGGGCCUACGACGGCCUCGUCAUGUCCGACUGGAACGGCAUCAAGGAUCGCGCCGCUUCGCUGACUGCCGGCAACGAGCUCGACAUGCCCGAGAGCCCCCGUCGCAAGGCUGAUUUGCUGGCAGCCAUCCGGUCGGGCGAGCUGUCGGCAGACGUCGUCGAUGCCGCCUGUGUGCGCGUGCUCGACUUUAUCGCCCGCUGCCAUGCCGGCUGCACCGUCCCGGUCGCUCCCACCGAUCUGGCUGCCCAUCACGUCGAGGCCCGUCGCAUGGCUGCUGCCUCCAUGGUGCUGCUCAAAAACGAUGGCGCCGUGUUGCCGGUGGCUCCGACUGUGCGUCGUGUGCUUGUCGUCGGCCGUGACGCCGAGACCCCCGUCAUCCAGGGCUCUGGCUGUGCCACCACGAUGCCGACCCAGGUCGAUGAGCCGCUGGCUGAGCUGCGGGCUCUGUUGGGCCCCGAUGUCGCGAUCGAGCUCGACAGCCGCAACACUGCCGACGACUCCCUCUUUGCAAGAGCUGCUGCCGCCCAUCUCGUCGUCGUCUUCGCCUCGACCGAGGGCGCCUACGAUGGCGAGGGCUCCGACCGCUCUACGCUCGCCCUCGGACCCGGUCAGGAUGCCCUCAUCACUGCUCUCGCCGACCAUUGCACCACCCCGAUGGCUGUCGUGGUCGCCUGUCCCGAUGCCGUCGCUAUGCCCUGGGCUGACCGCGUCGGCGCCGUGCUCGUCACCUUUUACAGUGGCCAGGCCAUGGGCGGUGCCGUUGCUGAUGUUCUGACCGGCCGCGUCAACCCGUCCGGAAAGCUGUCGGUCACCUUCCCCCACCGCCUCGGCGACGUCCCCGGCUUCCUCUCCUAUCCCGGCGAGCAGGGCCGUCACCUCUACUCCGAGGGCAUCCAUGUCGGCUAUCGCGGCUACGAUUUUCGUCACUGUACUCCCCUCUUCCCCUUUGGCCAUGGCCGCAGCUACACCACCUUCCGCUACGCCGACCUGCAGCUGUCGGCUUCGUCCAUCGGUCGGUCUGGUCACGUGACCGCCUCGUUUUCCCUGCACAACACCGGAACCGUCGCCGGCGCCGAGGUCGCCCAGGUCUACCUCCGGGCCAAGGGCCACCUCCUUCGCCGCUCGCCGCUCGAGCUCAAGGGCUUCGCCAAGGUCGUCCUCGCCCCCGGAGAGACCCGUCGUGUCGACGUCGCCAUCGAUGGCCGCGACCUCACCGUCUGGGACCCUGUCCGCAACGACUGGGUUCUGGAGGCUGAGGAUGCUGAGCUCGUCGUCGCUGCGUCAUCGCGCGACCUCCGUCUUGCUGCUCCUCUCACCCUCCGCCCCUCUGUUCUCUCCUGGGCCCGCGUCUCCUUCGACAGCCAGCCGGCCUACGUGAUCGGAAACCCUGUCGCCCGUCCCAUCCUCCGUCGUGAGCUCGCCCGUGAAGCCAACAUCUCCCCCCACGACGCCGACGUUGUCCUCGACCACUGUGCCAACUCGUUUAUCGGCAUCUUUCCCACCCUCGAGCGCCGCCUCCGCAUCACCGUGCCCAACACCCGCGCCCUCGAGAUCCUGACUAUGAUCAACACCGCCAUGGACGAGGCCGAGCUGAAGCUGCAGGAGGGAGCUUCAGAAUAG